AGGCGUUGGAAGCGUUCCCCGCCCUCGUCGGAAGGAGCCGUCGCCCGGAGCAACCUGCUGGUCCUGCGGUCUGAGUUUGGUGGCGGGAAAGGCCAUGAGUAAAAGCCGGGCCGAGGCCGCGGCGGGAGCCUCCGGGAUCCUCCUGAGAUACCUGCAGGAGCAGAAUCGGCCGUACAGCGCCCAGGACGUAUUCGGGAACCUGCAGCGGGAGCACGGGUUGGGCAAGGCGGUGGUGGUGAAGGCGCUGGAGCAGCUGGCCCAGCAAGGCAAGAUCAAAGAGAAGACUUACGGCAAGCAGAAGAUAUACUUUGUGGAUCAGGAUCAGUUUGAUACAGUGAGUGAUGCUGACCUCCACAGCCUUGAUGACAAAAUUGUAGCACUCAAUGCUAAGGUCCAGAGCUUACAGCAGAGCUGCCGUCACAUGGAGGCUGAGCUGAAGGAGUUAACAAGUGCACUGACCACUCCUGAAAUGCAGAAAGAGAUCCAGGAGUUAAAGAAGGAAUGUACUCGUUACACAGAGAGACUAAAGAACAUCAAAGCAGCUACCAACCAUGUCACUCCUGAAGAGAAGGAGGAGGUGUACAGAGAGAGGCAGAAAUACUGCAAGGAGUGGAGGAAGCGGAAGAGAUUGACCAUAGAGCUGUGUGAUGCAAUCCUUGAAGGAUACCCAAAGAGCAAGAAGCAGUUCUUUGAAGAAGUUGGGAUAGAGACAGAUGAAGAUCACAGUGUUACACUCCCAGACCCCUGAGGGGCUAUGGUGGGGCCUAGGACCAGAGAUGUCCUGAACUGGCCACUUGGUCUAGGUUGGCUUCUUGAUGUUCUUGACCUUUGAGCAGAGCAGAGGGGAGAGAAGUACAGAGCAGGGUACUGGGUAAAGGGAUUCAGGGCUGCUGGCCAGACAUGUCUGUUUUGUUGUCCAUAUUGCAAUGGCCUCAGCUUAAACAUGCGGACUUAGAACAACCCUAAAGGAAAGUAUUUGGCAAUAUUUAUUGUAAUAUACUUUGAUACAAAAAUACUUAAAUUUCCUCUGGAUAGUCAAACCUCCUAGAUACCAAACCUGAGGAGGGAGCAUGGGAGACCCAAGUACAGAGACGCUAACAGACACCAGCAUUUGAGAACCCCAAGGCAUCGCCAGGCCUAUCCCCUGGAGACCUUUCAGUAUCUUCUAUAACCCCUUUGCUUUACCCCAAGUCCUGGGAGAAAUGUAGGUAACACUGGGAGAUGAUCCAGAUGGUCCGAGAUGCUAGACAGAAAGGCUGGGGUAAUUUAAGGGUCAGUUGAUUUUUCAAAAUUGUAACUGUAGCAAAACAGCACAUUGGUAUUUAGAAAAAAUAAAAAAAUUCAAUAUGUAGUGCUGGAGACCUGCCUUUGCCUUUGGGUAGAGGACAAGAGUAGCUUGAAGCUUUGCUUCCUUCCCCUGGCACCCACAGCAGGGGAGGGUGGUGGUGGCAGAACAUGAGGGGAAAGCAGGAACCUACAGCCCUACCCUGAUCUGGCCAGAAAACCCUGGCCUCACUUAGUACUGAUUGCACAGCCCUAGUGUAGGUACAAAGUGGCCUUUCACCCUUCAUGGCUAUGUGACUAUUUUCUUUUCAUCUACCCAAUUACUGCCAAAAUACCUAACUUGAGCCAAAUGUUGCCCAAGAGACCAAAACAGAGGCAAACAGUUUGCAAAUAUAUAUAGAUCAUGAGCACAAAUCUGAGGCUUAGGGAAAAGGCUGAGAGGCCAAGGUUCUUUGAGGUACCCAGAACAGACUCCUGUCCUGAGGACUUCUGCUGGGAGGGGGAAGAUUGAGUAGGUCAACAUUGUCGUCAGUAUAAUAAAUUAAU